CACUUGUCAUUCAACGCUAAAGAAAAAAUAAAUACUUUUUUUAACUUUCUUAAAAUCUGGUUAUUAUAUUGUCUUAUCUAAAGGUUAACAAAUACAAUAUAAAUAAAAAAAAUGGCGUUAAAAUUAGCCCCAAAGGUUAAAUUAAAUGAUGGAAAUGAAAUGCCGGUUUUGGGUUUGGGAACUUGGCGUUCAUAUGAAAAUGAUGCAGAAUUUUCUGUUAAAUGUGCAAUUGAUUGUGGUUAUAGACAUAUAGAUACAGCAUAUGUUUAUGAAAAUGAAGCUGAAGUUGGUCGUGCUGUUCGAGCAAAAAUUCAAGAAGGUGUUGUCAAACGUGAAGAUUUAUUUAUUGUAACAAAAUUAGCUAGCCAUCAUCAUGAUCCAAAUGUAGUUGAAAAAGCUUGCCGUGAAUCAUUAUCUAAUUUACAAUUGGAUUAUGUAGAUUUAUAUUUGAUACAUUUUCCAGUUGGAAUGGAUUUUGAUUAUUUAGAUACAUGGAAAGCAAUGGAAAAAUUAGUUCCAUUAGGUUUAACGAAAUCGAUUGGUAUUUCAAAUUUCAAUAGCGAACAAACAAAGAGAAUUGUUGAAAAUUGUACCAUUAAACCAGUGACAAAUCAAGUUGAAUGUCAUCCCGGAUUUAAUCAACAAAAAUUAAUUGAUUUUUCUAAAAAAUAUGAUAUAAUAAUAACAGCAUAUUGCCCAUUAGCAAGGCCAAAACCUGAAAUGAAAUUACCAUCAUUUUUAUUUGAUGAAAAAACGGAAGCAAUUGCAUCAAAACAUGGAAAGACUGCAACUCAAGUUGUGUUAAGAUAUUUAAUUCAACAUGGUGUUGUGCCGAUUCCCAAAUCAGUAAAUCCACAAAGAAUCAAGCAAAAUUUUGAUGUGUUCGAUUUUGAAUUGAAUUCCGAUGAAAUGAAAGUUAUGGACAGUUUUAACACAAAACACCGUACAAUACCAUUUUCACAACUAAGAACAGCAAAACAUUUUCCAUUUAACAUUGAAUUUUAAUUAAAAGACAUAGGUAACAUAUAGUAGCAUACUUCAAAUAUGCAUUUCUAUGUAUUCGAUAAUUUUAAAAUUUAAUUUGUAAUAAAAAUACAGUUGAUCUAUUUUGUAUAAGGUAAUAUUCUUU